CAUCUGAUAUGCCGUCGAAGAAGCGAAAGGACACGAAGAAGACAACGGAUGAGUCGUCGGCGGCAAAGGAGUCGCCGUUUGUUUCGUACGAAAAACUCGUGGAAACGAUAGAUGUGUUGAAGAAGUGGACGCUUUUGGACGACAAGCAAAAGACCGAUAAGAAAGAGCUCUUCAAAGACACCGCCGAUUGUGUGGUCAGUCUUCAGGUGAACUACAAGAAGACACCGUUGAAUAAGUCGACGUAUAUUUUUGCCAUCUCUUUGCCCAACCAUUGGAGACACGAGUCGUCGGACUUCGAGACCUGUCUUAUCGUCAAAGAUGUUAACAAAACGCCGUUAAGUGACAGAGAUUUGGAUCUAACCGAGACUAAGAACCACUACCGGGAACUGUUGUCUAAAGACAAUUCGGAUCAAUUGGUGUCAGAAAUCCUUCCGAUGCGUGAAUUGAGGAAUGAAUACAAGAUAUUUGAAUCGAAAGAA